AGGGGCGUGGUAAACGGGGAUAGGGAGUUUUUACACGUCAACAGUCCAAGGGAAAGUUCCUUUUUAAAAUAUAUUUUAAGCGAGUGGCGGCUCAAAAAAUCACCGCUACUUCUGGACGUCAAAAAAAUAAAACGGCUGCAAUCAGUUAUCAUGACGCAGGGCGUUAAAAAAAUACCCACUUGGGAAAAAUGUAGCCGUCUGUGUUUAUGCAUAUGCGGGCUUGCGUUGUCGGUUUACGCGUAUCAUGUGGAAACUACCAAGGAGCACGACGCGUCUUACAAAGCGAUGUGCGACUUCAGCGCGUCUGUUAGCUGCUCAAAAGUGUUCACGUCGAGGUGGGGGCGUGGUUUCGGGCUGGUGGAGCCUCUGUUUGGGAGGGAGAGCAUCGCCAACCAACCCAACAGUGUUUUCGGAGUGAUAUUCUACCUGCUGCAGCUGGCAUUGGGGAUGAUGGUGAGUGGCUGGUCGGUCCGUUUUCUCGUUGCCUCCUCUCUGCUCUCUCUGGCUGGCUCUGUGUUCCUGGCCUGCAUCCUGGUGUUCGUGUUGAGGGAUUUCUGCGUGGUGUGUGUCUCCACCUACCUGAUCAACCUGGGACUCAUGAUCGUCAACAUGAAGAGAAAACAAGCCCUGACCAGAGAACCGGCCAAGCAGAAGAGAAGCUGAAAUCACUGUACCCUACACCCCUACUCCCUACUCCCCCUACACACUACACCCCUACUCCCUAUCCCCUCCCCUCACCCCCUACUCCCUCUCCUACAUCCUACUCCCUAAUCCCUAAUCCCCUAGUCCCUACCCCGUCCCCCUACAUCCUACUCCCUAAUCCCUAACCCCCUAUCCCCUAGUCCCUACCCCGUCCCCCUACAUCCUACUCCUUAAUCCCUACCCCUAACCCAUAUCCCCUACUCCCAACCCCCUCCCCUACUCCCUAUCCCCUAAUCUCUGCUCCCUACCUCUUACUCCCUAUCCCCUACUCCCUCUCCCAUAUCCCUUACUCCCUACCCCCUACAUCUUACUCCCUACACCCUACCCCCUACUCCCAACCCUCUCCCCUACUCCCUAUCCCCUACACCCUAUCUCCUCCUCCCUACUCACUAGCCCCUAUACUCUACACCCUAAAUCCAUUCCGCCUACUCCCUAUUCCCUUCACCCUACUCACUGUCCCGUAGCCCCUAUACUUUACACCCUACACCCUAUCCCCUGCACCCUAUCCCCUAGCCCAUAUUGUGGAUCAGCCUCAUGAUUGUCGAUAUGAAGAGACAGCUAAAGGAUAAGAGGGGCUGCCCCUGUACCCCAGUAAUUGAAACGCAGGUCCACGUCUGUUACAUUGAAUUAUCAGAAUUCAUUUUUAUAUAUUUUGACAAAACAAAAUAAAAAACGUUACUUUUUAGCUUUUAAAAAAAUAA